AUGUACAAUUACAAAUGUAACUUCGCAGCUCUUCACACCAAGUGCAUCAACAAGACACUAAUUGUGCAGUAGAAGUAGAAAAAAAUAGACAAACUUUCAGAGUUUAUGCCCAGUGCAACAGAUAAUUACUCAGCUAUAAACUAGGUGUCGCAAGGUAACAGGUCAAUUUCUCUAAAAUGCUUUUUGAAUGCCUCUGCCAUCGGGGAGAGAAUAAGUGCUGCUUCUUCCACCCGGCGUCUCGUCGAAUUAAUUUAACUUAAUUGUCAUUCAUAACCCACAUGUUGCAGUUUUACACUGGCUGAGAUAAUGCUAUCUUCCGCUGUUUCCACUGUAAUUGAAAUUUCCAUUAUGAGGUGUAAACAUUUAGGAGUGGCCAUGUGAAUAUUCAUCAGAGAGGCAGCAAAGCCACGAGGGCCACAGAAAGACUGUUGUUUAGCAUCUAGUGGAGGAGUGAGUAUGUGUGUGUAUGUGUGUGUGUGUGUGGACAUGUUUAACUAUACUUGUGGUGACCAGAAGUCCCCACAAGAAUAGUAAACAAACAAAAUUUGACCAACUGGGGACAUUUUGUUAUUCCCCACUAGGUCAAAUGCUAUUUCUAGGAGGUUUAAGGUUAAGGUUAGGACUAGGUUAAGGGUUAGGGUUAGGUUUAGGUUUAGAAAAUAGGAUUUUGAAUGGGACUGAAUUGUGUGUCCCCACUAGGUUAGUUAUGCAAGACUGUGUGUGUGUGUGACGAUGUGAGUUUGAGAAAGUAAAAAAAAGUAUACUUAAUAAAAUAAGAAAAACUCCAGCACACAGGUGCCGCGAGUAGGUUUGCCCAUCACAUAUUGACAUACGUCUUGUUCCAACAGCUCCCUCCCAAGUCAGUGAAGUCAUCAAGGAGAGAGUGCAGCAGCGCAGCAUCCAGCUCUCCUGGCAGGAGCCUGAGCAGCCCAACGGAGUCAUCACCGAAUACGAGAUCAAGUACUAUGAAAAAGUGAGUGUGUGAUGCCCUGCUGAAUCCAUUAAUGUUUGAGAGAGAGAGAGAAAAUCUGUCUGUCUGUGAUUGUGCUGCAGCUUUGAACACAGACAACUCUGGCUCUCCCAAACCCUAUCCCCCUAUCUCUCUCCUCUUCUUCUUAGUUUCAUUUAGCUUACUCUUCAUUUUGCGUUCUAUCUGCAAGACGCUACGAGUGGAAUCGGCAGGAUUCUGCAAGUGCAUCCUUUGUCCCAUAAUUGAAUGAGACUCUCAUAAGAUUUUAAUCAGUCCCUGGUCCUUCUCAGCCACCCCCACACUGCCAGGCAGCACACACUUCAUUGCACUACCCUGCCAGCAUUAACAAUCUCUUACUGUAUCUUCCCUCGCCCCCUCAUACAGUUGAAGUCGGAAGUUUACAUACACCUUAGCCAAAUACAUUUAAACUUAGUUUUCACAAUUCCUGACAUUUAAUCCUAGUAAAAAUUCCCUGUCUUAGGUCAGUUAGGAUCACCACUCUAUUUUAAGAAUGUGAAAUGUCAGAAUAAUAGUAGAGAUAAUUAUUUAUUAUUUUAUUUCUUUCAUCACAUUCCCAGUGGGUCAGAAGUUUACAAACACUCAAAUAGUAUUUGGUAGCAUUGCCUUUAAAUUGUUUAACUUGGGUCAAACAUUUCGGGUAGCCUUCCACAAGCUUCCCACAAUAGGUUGGGUGAAUUUUGGCCCAUUCCUCCUGACAGAGCUGGUGUAACUGAGUCAGGUUUGUAGGCCUCCUUGCUCGCACACUCUUUUUCAGUUCUGCCCACACAUUUUCUAUAGGAUUGAGGUCAGGGCUUUGUGAUGGCCACUCCAAUACCUUGACUUUGUUGUCCUUAAGCCAUUUUGCUACAACUUUGGAAGUAUGCUUGGGGUCAUUGUCCAUUUGGAAGACCCUUUUGCGACCAAGCUUUAACUUCCUGACUGAUGUCUUGAGAUGUUGCUUCAAUAUAUCCACAUAAUUUUCCUUCCUCAUGAUGCCAUCUAUUUUGUGAAGUGCACCAGUGCCUCCUGCAGCAAAGCACCCCCACAGCAUGAUGCUGCCACCCCACGGUUGGGAUGGUGUUCUUCGGCUUGCAAGCAACCCCCUUUUUCCUCCAAACAUAACAAUGGUCAUUAUGGCCAAACAGUUCUAUUUUUGUUUCAUCAGACCAGAGGACAUUUCUCCAAAAGGUACGAUCUUUGUCCCCAUGUGCAGCUGCAAACCGUAGUCUGGCUUUUUUAUGGUGGUUUUGGAGCAGUGGCUUCUUCUUUGCUGAGCGGCCUUUCAGGUUAUGUCGAUAUAGGACUCGUUUUACUGUGGAUAUAGAUACUUUUGUACCUGUUUCCUCCAGCAUCUUCACAAGGUCCUUUGUUCAUCUCUAGGAGACAGAACGCGUCUCCUUCCUGAGUGGUAUGACGGCUGCGUGGUCCCAUGGUGUUUAUACUUGCGUACUAUCGUUUGUACAGAUGAACGUGGUACCUUCAGGAGUUUGGAAAUUGCUCCCAAGGAUGAACCAGAUUUUCUGGAAUUUUCCAAGCUGUUUAAAGGCACAGUCAACUUAGUGUAUGUUAACUUCUGACCCACUGGAAUUGUGAUACAGUGAAUUAUAAGUGAAAUAAUCUGUCUGUAAACAAUUGUUUUAAUGAUUACUUGUGUCAUGCAAAAAGUAGAUGUCCUAACCGACUUGCCAAAACUAUAGUUUGUUAACAAGAAACAGUUCUAAUUCUCAAAAAAGUACGAUCUUUGUCCCCAUGUGCAGUUGCAAACCGUAGUCUGGCUUUUUUAUGGCGGUUUUGGAGCAGUGGCUUCUUCCUUGCUGAACGGCCUUUCAGAUUAUGUCGAUAUAGGACUCGUUUUACUGUGGAUAUAGAUACUUUUGUACCUGUUUCCUCCAGCAUCUUCACAAGUACCUUUGAUGUGGUUCUGGGAUUGAUUUGCACUUUUCGCACCAAAGUACGUUAAAUCUCUAGGAGACAGAACACGUCUCCUUCCUGAGCGGUAUGACGGCUGCGUGGUCCCAUGGUGUUAAUACUUGCGUACUAUUGUUUGUACAGAUGAACGUGGUACCUUCAGGCGUUUGGAAAUUGCUCCGAAGGAUGAACCAGUCUUGUGGAGGUCUACAAUUCUUUUUACAUUUUAGUCAUUUAGCAGACGCUCUUAUCCAGAGCGACUUACAGUUAGUGAGUGCAUACAUUAUUUAAUUUUUUUAUACUGGCCCCCAGUGGGAAUCGAACCCACAACCCUGGCGUUGCAAACGCCAUGCUCUACCAACUGAGCUACAUCCCUGCCGGCCAUUCCCUCUCAUACCCUGAACGACGCUGGGCAAAUUGUGCGCCGUCCCAUGGGUCUCCCGGUCGUGGCCGGCUACGACAGAGCCUGGAUUCGAACCAGGAUCUCUAGUGGCACAGCCUUAGACCACUGCGCCACUCGGGAGAUUACUUUUUCUGAGGUCUUGGCUGAUUUCUUUUUAUUUUCCCAUGAUGUCAAGCAAAGAGGCACUGAGUGAAGGUAGUCCUUGAAAUACAUCCACAGGUACACCUCCAAUUGACUCAAAUUAUGUUAAUUAUCCUAUAAGAAGCUUCUAAAGCCAUGACAUCAUUUUCUGGAAUUUUCCAAGCUGUUUAAAGGCACAGUCAACUUAGUGUUUGUAAACUUCUGACCCACUGGAAUUGUGAUACAGUGAAUUAUUGUCACGAUCGUCGAACAGAGAUGAGGACCAAGGCGCAGCGUUGCAGGCAAACAUACUCUUUAAUAGAGACACGAUCAAACACAACAAAACGAAAACGUGACAGUUCACGGUCUAACACAACAGACUAGAAACAAGAUCCCACAAACUCUGUGGGGAAACAGGCUGCUAAAGUAUGGUUCUCAAUCAGAGACAACAAGCAACAGCUGAAUCACGUUGCCUCUGAUUGAGAACCACACUGGCCAACAUAGAACAACAAACUAGAAUGUGAAACCUAGAACAAAACACAUAGACUUUACACACCCUGGCUCAACAUAUUAGAGUCCCCAGAGCCAGGGCGUGACAGUACCCCCCCCUAAAGGCGCGGACUCCGACCGCGCCCACCAAAUACCACAGGGGAGGGACCGGGUGGGCACUCCGCUUAGGCGGCGGAUCCGGCUCCGGGCCUGAACCCCGCUCCCUCUCCAACCCCCCAAAGUACCCCUGGUCCGGUCUGGCCCCGCUAGCCGGAGCUGGACUUCACACUGGUGGAGCGGAUUGCUCUAGCUCCGGCGUGAAGCAUCUGACCGGUGCCGGACCAGCCACCGGUGGAACAGGCACGGGCCGUGCCGGACUGACGACGCACACCACUGGCUUGGUGUGGGGAACAGGCACGGGCCGUGCCGGGCUGACGAAACGCACCACUGACUUGGUGCGGGGAGCAGGAGCGGGCCGGACCGGGCUGACGAAGCGCACCACUGACUUGGUGCGGGGAGCAGGAGCGGGCCGGACCGGGCUGACGAAGCGCACCACUGACUUGGUGCGGGGAGCAGGAACGGGCCGGACCGGGCUGACGAAGCGCACCACUGACUUGGUGCGGGGAGCAGGAGCGGGCCGGACCGGGCUGACGAAGCGCACCACUGACUUGGUGCGGGGAGCAGGAACGGGCCGUGCCGGGCUGAUGAAGCGCACCACUGACUUGGUGCGGGGAGCAGGAACGGGCCGAGCUUGUCUGACGAAACGCACCACUGACUUGGUGCGGGGAGCAGGAAUGGGCCGGACCGGGCUGACGACGCGCACCACUGACUUGGUGCGGGGAGCAGGAACGGGCCGGACAGGGCUGACGAAACGCACCACUGACUUGGUGCGGGGAGCAGGAAUGGGCCGGACUGGGCUGGCGACGCGCACCACAGACUUGGUGCGGGGAGCAGGAACAGGCCGGGCCGAGCUGGCGACGCGCACCGUAGACUUGGUGCGAGUGGCAGGAACAGGCCGGACCGUACUGGGAACACACACCACUGGCCCUACGUGGGGAUCAGGAACAGGCCGGACCGGACUGGCAACACACGCCAGUACCUCUCGCCGUGCCUCUACAUCCUCCUUCCCCCUGGUGACCAGUGACUCCCGUAACCUGGCGGCCUCCUGCUGCCCCGUCGUCCACGGCGUUAGCCCCCCCCUAAAAAAUUUAUGGGCUUCACUCCUACCCGUGGACCAGGUCUCCAUGCUUCUCGCCAGCCUUUUGCCCUUCUGCCUCCACGUCAAGCCCCUCUCUUCCUCACAUGGCUUGACCCAGUCGAGGAGGCGAAGGAGAUCCGCUAGAGAUCUCUCAGGCGCUGGCUCCUGGACUUGCUGCUUGGUCCAGUCUUGGUGGGAUCUUCUGUCACGAUCGUCGAACAGAGAUGAGGACCAAGGCGCAGCGUUGCAGGCAAACAUACUCUUUAAUAGAGACACGAUCAAACACAACAAAACGAAAACGUGACAGUUCACGGUCUAACACAACAGACUAGAAACAAGAUCCCACAAACUCUGUGGGGAAACAGGCUGCUAAAGUAUGGUUCUCAAUCAGAGACAACAAGCAACAGCUGAAUCACGUUGCCUCUGAUUGAGAACCACACUGGCCAACAUAGAACAACAAACUAGAAUGUGAAACCUAGAACAAAACACAUAGACUUUACACACCCUGGCUCAACAUAUUAGAGUCCCCAGAGCCAGGGCGUGACAAUUAUAAGUGAAAUAAUCUGUCUGUAAACAAUUGUUGGAAAAAUUACUUGUGUCAUGCACAAAGUAGAUGUCCUAACCGACUUGCCAAAACUAUAGUUUGUUAACAAGAAAUUUGUGGAGUGGUUGUAAAAAGAGUUUAAGUUUAAGUGUAAGAGUUUAAGGGCUAUACUCGGCCUUGUCUCAGGAUUGUAAGUUGGUGGUUGGGGAUAUCCCUCUAGUGGUGCGGGGGCUGUGCUUUGGCGGAGUGGGUGGGGUUAUAUCCUUCCUGUUUGGCCCUGUCCGGGGGUUUCUUCGGAUGGGGCCACAGUGUCUCCGGACCGCUCCUGUCUCAGCCUCCAGUAUUUAUGCUGCAGUAGUUUAUGUGUCGGGGGGCUGGGGUUAGUUGGUUAUACCUGGAGUACUUCUCCUGUCUUAUCCAGUGUCCUGUGUGAAUUUAAGUAUGCUCUCUCUAAUUCUCUCGUUCUCUCUUUCUCUCUGAGAACCUGAGCCCUAGGACCAUACGUCAGGACUACCGGGCAUGAUGACACCUUGCUGUCCCCAGUCCGCCUGGCCUUGCUGCUAUUCCAGUUUCAACUGUUCUGCCUGCGGCUACGAAACCCCUACCUGUCCCAGACCUGCUGUUUUCAACUCUUAAUGAUCGGCUAUGAAAAGCCAACUGAGAGACCUGAGCCCUAGGACCAUACGUCGGGACUACCGGCCGUGGUGACUCCUUGCUGUCCCCAGUCCGCCUGGCCUUGCUGCUAUUCCAGUUUAAACUGUUCUGCCUGCGGUUAUGGAACCCCUACCUGUCCCAGACCUGCUGUUUUCAACUCUUAAUGAUCGGCUAUGAAAAGCCAACUGAGAUUUAUUCCUGAUUAUUAUUUGACCAUGCUUGUCACUUAUGAACAUUUUUGAACAUCUUGGCAUGGUUCUGUUAUAAUCUCCACCCGGCACAGCCAGAAGAGGACUGGCCACCCCUCAUAGCCUGGUUCCUCUCUAGGUUUCUUCCUAGGUUUUCGCCUUUCUAGGGAGUUUUUCCUAGCCACCGUGCUUCUACACCUGCAUUACUAGCUGUUUGGGGUUUUAGGCUGGGUUUCUGUACAGCACUUCGAGAUAUUAGCUGAUGUAAGAAGGGCUAUAUAAAAUAAAAUUGAUUGAUUGAUUGAUGUAAACUUCCGACUUCAACUGUAUAUAAUAGAGCUCCCAUGUCUUCAAUCUGAACAGAUGAUCAAGGUAGUGAUGAGGUUGAUGAGGUUGAGAGUGGGUUUAACACAACAAAUCAAAGGGCUAGAUUCCAUGACUCUUGAGGUUCCAGACCCUGUUGAGCACGGCCUCUCAGGCUGCCAGGGAUCAGUCUCCUGGGUCACGUACUAUGGCUGUAGUCUGCCCAGCUGUACAAUUGGAUACAAGCAUGACUUCUCUCCUAACAGUCUUUGGCAUUCCAUUUGGAUUUUUUGCAGACAAAUAAUUUACAGAUGAACAACAAAAUACACAGUACACAUGGUCUGUAAAUUCCAAAUGGAUUCCGAGCCUGGCAUCGCACAUCUUCUUUUCUGCCUGUCAGCUUUGAUAUAAAGCGUCUACAGCAGUGAUUCUCAGCUGGGGGUCGCGGGAGAAUUUUAACAGGUCACGAGACAAAGGUGUGUGCUGCACAGCUUAUUGUUGCUGACUUUACACGUGCAGUGUGUCCGCAGUGGUGAAAUGGCUAGCUACGUUCUGAUUCGGAGGGUUUUCGCGCUGCACACAGUCAAUAACGUUCUCGCCCCACACACACACACAUUGAUCCAAUGAAAUGACAGAUUUCUCGACACACACACUGAUCCAAUAUAAAUGUCAUUCUGCAACAUUAUUUUGUUUUAAAUGUGACACGUCCAAUCAGAUAAUACAGAUCUUCUUCAGACAGCUAGCUUGAUUGACAGCUAACUAAGCAGAUGUGUUCUGCAGGCAUUGCACAUGUGGAUAGUUAGCUGUCAUUUAACUCAUGUAGGCUAGCUGUCAGAGUAAAAUCCAAUGUCAACAACAAGGCAGACAACCCAGUCCCUGUCAAGAAGAGAAAAUACCACCCCGACUUCAUCAAAUAUGGUUUUACAGAUAUAGAAGAGCAUGAAACCCUCCAAAAUGAAAGGCAUCUAGACACAAAUAUUUUUUGGGAGGCCUCACAAGAUUAAUUGAAGAAUGUAUGCAAGAAAAAGCACAUUGCGCAUCAUACGUAGUGGCCCAGCGCAUUUCUAAGUGCAAAAAAGCCCACAGAGGAUCUCAUGCUCCCUGCUGUGGUUGAUAUGUGCACUGGAAUCUUGGGAGAGUCAGCCGCCAACAAACUUAAAACCAUACCCCUAUCCAAUGACACCAUGAGGAGGAGAAUCCAGGACAUGUCUGAGGACAUAACGCACUAGACAUCAGAGCGCAUCAGUGCAAAUGGCCAGUACGCACUGCAGCUUGAUGAAUCUAAUGGUCUAUGUCAGACACGUCUGUGAUAAUAACUUUUAGGAGCAGUUCCUUUUUAGUGCUGAUUUGCCCACAACCACCACUGCAGAGGCUGUCUUUAACACAAUGGAUAUGUACCUGGGCUCCGUGGGACUGGCCUGGGAUGGGUGCAUUGGUGUGACCACUGAUGGGGCAGCUGCCAUGACGGGAAAGUUCUCCGGAGUAGUAAAGCGGCUCCUGGAGCGAGAACCGAGUGCGACGUGGAACCACUGCUUCCUACACAGGGAGGCAUUGGCAGCGAAGGACAUGAUGCAUUGAGCUCCACGCCACUCUCCAGGAUGUGAUCAAGUGUGUCAACUACAGUAUAUCAAAAAGAGUUCCACGAAAACCAGGUGUUUUCAGGCCUUCUGCAGGGAUAAGGGGAGCGAGCACCAGCAGGUGCUUUAUCAUGCAGAGGUCCGCUGGCUUUCCAGGGGUAAAGUAUUGGGUCACAUUUAUGAGCGUUGAGCGGAGAUUGCUGCAUUUCUUUCGGAAAAACAAGUCACCUCUGGCCGAACAUUUCGAUUGUGAGGAAUGGCUCGUGCAGGUUGCCUACCUGGUGGAUAUUUUUUAUCAUCUGAAUUUGCUCAAUGUGUCAAUGCAAGGGGAAGGGGGCACAAUCGAUUUAAACAAAGGGACAAAGAGGAUGCCUUCAAGAUGAAGCUUACCGUUUGGGCAAAUCAUGUUUCUAAUGGAAGGAUUGACAUGUUUCCCAAUGCUGAUUACGAGAUUCAGAAUCUGAUCAACAAAGCGCAUGGCGACACACUGAAAAAAACAGUUAAACAGCAUCUUAUCAAGCUGCAGGGAAAGUUUUGCGACUACUUCCCGGAAGAGAACAGGAGACAAGACGACUGAAUGCGGGAGCCCUUUCGAGUGGAGAUGGGAAGCGUCACGUUGCCAAGCAACGAAGAGGAUCAGCUGGUGGAGCUGUCAUUUGUUUGUGGACUGUGCAUGCGCUUCUUGGAAAUGACAUUCCCACAGUUCUGGUGCAGCGUAGUGGGAGAGUAUCCUGCUCUCACCUGUCAUGCAAUCAGAGUCACACUACCUUUCAGCACUACCUAUCUAUGCGAGUGGCUUCUCUGCUACAGCUCUGCUGAAAACAAAAAUCAGAAACAAACUGGACACCCAGCAUGACCUCCUAGUUGCCCUGUCCACCAUCACCCCAGACCUUGAUAAACUGAUCAAACUGAAGAAACAUCCCAGCUUUCCCACUGAUAGGCCACACACACACACACACACAAACACAUACACACACACAAUAAAUGUUGGGUCGCGACUCAAUUGUCAUUGUCAAAACAUUUAUGUUAAACUAAUGGCUGUAUCUUGGUGUCUAUGAUUGACAUGACUAACAUAACAUAACACAAAGCCAAUGUCUGUUCCUCUCUAAAGGACCAGAAGGAUCGCAUCUACUCCACAGUGAAGUCCAGGUCCACGUCAGCAACAGUGAACAACCUUAAGCCCAGCACUGCCUACGUGUUCCAGAUCCGAGCCUUCACAGCGGCCGGCUACGGCACCUACGGACCCCGGCUGGAGGUCACCACAAAGGAGGAGGCCUCAGGUACCAGCAGAACACAUGCAUGGGCGUGCACACACACACACACACACACACACACACACACACACACACACACGCACGCACACACAUGCACACAUAAGCACACACACACUAGAGAUGAUUAGUGUGUUCAGACCUUCAUCGAGUUACUUCAUCUCAUAGCUCAAUUUUUCCCAUUUACAAAUAUGGUUGAGGAUCGUCCACAAGGAGCAGUAGGUCUCAACUAAAGUGGCAGGGCUCAGAAAUCAUUGCUGUCCUUUGUCGCUGGUGUUUAUAUAGCAACUGUACUCACUUGAUUUAAAAUGCAUGAGUUCUCCCAGUCAUACACCAUUUGCACUGACAGCAGAAAGUGCCAUGGCACCCAUUCCUUUGAGCAAUUGGUGGUUUGUCAAUGCAAAUAGUCUAGCAGUGUAUGUGUCUCUGAAUAGGAGACAAUUCAACCUGAAUGUGUCAUUGUUUCAGAAGAAGGGCACCAGCAUUACCAUCUGGGACUAUUAAGCCCACUUUCUGAAACAGUGGAGCCGUGCAUGCAGAGGCUAGAAAUAGAACUAGCCACCCUUGUCUCUGUGGUAAAGGGCGAGAAGGGGGUUAUCAGUCUCCCUGCUCACUCCUCAUUGGUUCUAUUAUGCCCUGUAGAUUCCAACGCCUGAUGUGCUGAAAGUUCACACUGUGUGCCCUUUGUCUGUGUGUGUGUGUGUGUGUCUGCUUGCGUGUGUGUGUCCCUCUCCAAGCAGCCACCAUUGUCUCCAGCGAGCAGAAUCCCGUCAUCAUCAUCGCGGUGGUAGCCGUGGCGGGGACCAUCAUCCUGGUCUUCAUGGUGUUCGGCUUCAUCAUUGGGAGAAGGUACGCUCUCGCGGGCCCCAUUGACUCUCCGCUGCUGUGAGUCUCUGCUUGUCAAUUAGCCUUUCUGUCACUCACUGGCCUCCAUAGCCGUGGAGUCAGGCCACCACACACCACACAUACCCAUCAUCUGUGGCAUGCUGUGCUAAUGGUUUGUGAUGCAUCAUUUUCCAGUCCUCACACUGUGAAGAAAAACUGAUCCUAUUUUUUGCAUGUCUUUUUUGUUGUUGUAAUGGAUCCAUUAUAGAGACAAGAGUACUCUAAAAUGAAAGGUUUUUGCUCAUAUUUCUGUGUGCGUGCGAGUGAGAGGGUGAUGGUGAGGGUGAGUGUGUGUCCGUGCGUGCGUGUCCGUAACUGUGUGUUUGUGUAUGUGUAUGUGUGUGUGUGUGUGUGUGUGUGUUACAUCUGUGGUGUUAUACAGUAAUACACUCAGGUAGGAUGAAGUACGGUCUAGCAAUGCCUCUAGCCAUCUCCUACCAGAGCCACUCUCUUGUGUGUCAGUCACCAUUACCACCAUUCCCUGGUGCACUCCUCCAAUGACGCUUCAUUAAUAUAUGGAUAGCAUUUCAUCACAGCAUGCCUUACAUGGGGGUAGAGACUUGUACACGUGGGAUUUCUAUAUCCAUUUGACUUAUUAACCUGCAUGUCAACCAUUUGUUACUUGAUGUUUCCCAUCCAUCCAUUUUUCACUUUGCUAGGAAACAAUAUUGUAUAGUGCAAUUAAUGACCUGCUUGAGGGUGCAUUCAAUACAUCAUUGUUACACAUUAAUAUUACAAGGAAUGCUGAACAGUCUUUUACAGAGUACAGGAUAUAGUAGUACCACAGGAGGGUAUUUUAGUUCAACAUCAGCAGCCAAACAUUGUUCCCAUACCUCUCAGCUGGUACUGUAUCUGUAUAGACUUGUUAUGCACCGCCAGCAUUAUGGCUUUGCUGCAUUAAGAUUCUAGCAAAACAGACCAUUCUACCUUCUGCCUCUGCCCAAUCAGUUGAUUGUGUGUCCGUCUACCUCUCUCCCUCUCAGACACUGUGGCUACAGCAAGGCGGACCAGGAAGGAGACGAGGAGCUGUAUUUCCAAUGUGAGUCCCUUCUUUCCCCAUCAGCUUACACACACACAUUGAAACAUCUCAAUUAAAGCACGGGCCUGCCGUGCCACGGGAAAUGGGUCCAACAACAAGGCCCCCACGCCGUAAUGUUUUAUCCCUUUCAUUUGAUAGGUUGUUAUUCUAACGAAAGAUGGGAACAAUCACACUAGCAUCUGUUUGGGAUUUAAUGGACAAAUCUGUUGAGAUGAAGACAUUAGGCCUAGUUCCAAACUGCAAAUACAUGAAUAUGAGAGUUGUCAGAGAGCGUGAGCCAGGGCUGAGCUGAAAGCGAUAAGUCUUCUUAAAAAAUGUAAAAGCCUAACUUUUCAGGCACUUUGGUGUGCUAGGAGUAUACUGUUGGCCUCCUGGUGUUCCUCGGAGUAGAGUUGUAGAUGUACACACACAUUCACUCUAUCCUAAGGUUCUCUUUCUACGCUUCUUUAACCAACACACACUGACACACACCACCCCGUCCUAAUGAUGUCCCUGGAGAUGCAGCCGCAGACAUCUUCCCAAGCGAAGCCGUAAUGAUCUGUUGCUGUAGGCAAACUGCUGAUUUGGAAACAAAGGUUCAGGGUGUCGCAUGGCCACGGCGGUAGAAAGAAAGUUCCACGGUCCUCGGCUGCUAAGUAUCUGAAAGAUCAAGCUGUAGGAAGGCACGGGUCCUCUUGCUAAAAACACUGGGUGAUGAAAACACAAACAACAGAGCUCCGCUGUUGUUGGGCCUAAUAGAGGGACUUGCUCUACAAUAUUAAAUGAGGAAACGCUGCCAGGGCGACAGAAGCCAGAUAGUGCGUGAAUUCAACAUGUAGGCUUAAUUUGUCCGCUGUGUAGCGCGGGAAGUCGUGAUAAGACGUCUCCCUAUCAGAUUCAGUGACAGCUUGGAUGGACGAAGCAAUUAUAGGAGCGAGUGGAGGGAAAUAUCCACUGCCAUCGCUGGAGCUCCUAGCUGGAAAACAAUGCAUAGUGUUUGUUAGUGGCUAGGCCAAUAUGGCUUUCCAGGAAAAGAGGAUAUUGCAGAAUCUUUUUAUUCUGUUUGUCAUUAUUGAGCCUAGCGCUGAUUAGUAAUUUAAUUAUGGUGUUUUGAUGUGUCUGUUUUCCUUGUAUGUUAUUGUCUUCCACUAUGUGCAUCUCAUUAAAUAGCUUGUGGUAUUGAAGUUGACAGGUUAUGUUGUAAUUAGCGGGAAUUUGAUAUGAACAAAUUAGGUCAGCGGAACACACUCAUUUACCAUAACAGUGUAAUUUAUUAGUGUGGCGUUAUAUACAUGAGAAUAACUAUACCGCUUCUUUUUAAAGCAGUUUUUUUCUCAAACCACGGUCAGCUAAAUGCUUAUUUUUCUUUGUACUACGCAUUUCCCUUAUGUGUGCAUGAAUAUGUAUGAGUCAUUCCAGGAUCAUUGUGCUACUAUUUUAUGGUGAUACAUGAUUCAAAACAUGUACUCGUUAUACUGAUCUAACUGUGAUAUAACUACAGUCACCAUUACCUGGGCAGCAUGAUUCAGAAGGUUAUCAAGCCACAGAAACGACCAUAAGAAAAUAACUGCCGUUCAUGACUGGCAUUCCAGUAUGUCAGGGCCUGCCUACCAUACUUUUCAUUCACUGGCAGAGCUUGACAGACUGAGCUAGCUCCUAAACUUGCUCAGUAUAGCAGACAACCUUGGCAGUAAAUCCCAUUCCGGGCUGCUCAAAUCUAUGUUGGUCCUUUGUGAGGAGGUUGAGAAGAAAAUAUAAUAACAUUUUCAUUUCUAUUGGAGGAAAAAUAAAAAAGGAGAAAAUAAUAUAUGGCUGGUUUACUGUGUUUGUAGAAAGAGCUUUUGACACAGGUGCUUUCCAUCAGCUGGCUGUUUAGCAAUUCCUUCUGAAUGGUUACCCUUGGUAAUGGUGUGCCUGUCAAGCGCCCGGUCGGCCCGGCACGCUUUAUGCAUAUUUAAUCGUAACAGUAAUCCCCUUACCUUUCUACAGUUAAAUUUCCAGGCACCAAAACAUACAUUGACCCUGAAACCUACGAGGACCCGAACAGGGCUGUCCAUCAAUUUGCCAAGGAGCUGGACGCUUCGUGCAUUAAGAUUGAGCGAGUUAUUGGAGCAGGUGAGUCUGGCUGGUGUCUCCCAGCUCGCUCUGUUUAGUCAUACCAUACACUCAUACAUCACAAUGACAGCCACAUAUUUACACUUUGAAUUGGGACACGGUUUAUCCUCGCCGUAUAUUGAUAGCUCAAUUGCAAAAAGCGGGGAAAAGUUCAUUGCAGUUAAUGUGUGGGCCUGCAUCUUUUUUAAAGGUAAGACAAUAGCAAAGAUGCUUCACGGCUGAUAAAUUGUGCCUCAGUUUUAGAGAUGCGGUCAAUGAGAGUAUCUAUAUAUUCACAGCUUGAGCAUAACAAGAUGUCCUACUCCAAUUUAUUAUCUCGCGCAGCACAGCUGUUUUCUCUGAACAUACACUAAGCACUUGAUUGCUAGUUUUUCUUAAAGGGUCAUGACUCAUGACUGGUUUUGUCUCUUUGACUGUCUCACAGGAGAGUUUGGGGAGGUGUGUAGUGGACGGAUGAAGCUCCCAGGGAAACGGGACAUGUCAGUGGCCAUUAAAACCCUGAAGGUGGGCUACUCAGAGAAACAGAGGAGGGACUUCCUGUGUGAGGCCAGCAUUAUGGGCCAGUUUGACCAUCCCAAUGUAAUCCAUCUGGAGGGAGUGGUGACUAGAGGUAUGGACGGCAUUCUCUCUCAAACACACGUACGCACACACACACACACACACACACACACACACACACACACACACACACACACACACACACACAUACACACGCCUACAGCUGUAGCAAGAAAGUAAAGCAAGUGCACUCAAAGACCAUUCUUAAAGGUCACAUAAUAUGUACAUACACUAUAUACAACAGUAUGUGGACACCCCUUCAAAUUAGUGGAUUCGGCUAUUUCAGCCAAACCCGUUGCUGACAGGUGUAUAAAAUCGAGCACACAGCCAUGCAAUCUCCAUAGACAAACAUUGGCAGUAGAAUGGCCUUACUGAAGAGAUCAGUGACUUUCAACGUGGCACCAUCAUAGGAUGCCACCUUUCCAACAAGUCAGUUUAUCAAAUUUGAGCCAGGCCUAAAUGCCCAACAUCAGUGCCCAACGUCACUAAUGCUAAGGCUCUUGUGGCUGAAUGUAAGCAAGUCCCCGCAGCAAUGUUCCAAUAUCUAGUGGAAAGCCUUCCCAGAAGAGUGGAGGCUGUUAUAGCAGCAAAGGGGGGACCAUCUCCAUAUUAAUGCCCAUGAUUUUGGAAUGAGAUGUUCAACGAGCAGGUGUGCACAUACUUUUUUUGUUGUUGACCAAAAGUAUUAGUAAUGGACUUGUUUCCAUUCAGCCACAAGAGCAUUAGUGAGGUCGGGCACUGAUGUUGGGCAGUUAGGCCUGGCCAAAUUUGACAAACUGAAUGUCGAACGCAGUCGGCGUUCCAAUUCAUCCCAAAUGUGUUCGAUGAGGUUGAGGUCAGGGCUCUGUGCAUGCCAGUCAAGUUCUUCCACACCGAUCUUGACAAACCAUUUCUGUAUGGACCUCGCUUUGUGCAUGGGGGCAUUGUCAUGUUGAAACAGGAAAGGGCAUUCCCCAAACUGUUGCCACAAAGUUGGAAGCACAGAAUCGUCUAGAAUGUCAUUGUAUGCUGUAGAAUAAACAUUUCCCUUCACUGGAACUAAGUGGCAUAGCCCGAACCAUGAAAAACAGCCCCAGACCAUUAUUCCUCUUCCACCAAACUUUAUAGUUGGCACUAUGCAUAGAGGCAGGUAGCAUUCUCCUGGCAUCCCCCAAACCGAGAUUCGUCCGUCGGACUGUCAGAUGGUGAAGCAUGAUACAUCACUCCAGAGUCCCCUGUAGUCCCCUGUAGCUCAGUUGGUAGAGCAUGGCACUUGCAACGCCAGGGUUGUGGGUUCAUUUCCCACGGGGGGCCAGUAUGAAAAUGUAUGCACUCACUAACUGUAAGUCGCUCUGGAUAAGAGCGUCUGCUAAAUGUUUUUUUGUUUUAUAAUUUUUUUGUUUUAUUAUUAUUAUUAUUAAAUGUUUAAUUGUUUGGGGGGGUAGAUCAGCUUAAUAUUGCAGAUAGAUUGUAACUUCCAUCAAUGUAAUUGUCUGCAUCACUUCCAAUCCCCCAUGUUUUAUAUAUAUAUAUACACAUACACAUACAUAUAUAUAUAUAUAUAUAUAUAUAUAUAUAUAUAUAUAUAUAUAUAUAUACAUAUAUACACAUAUAAACACAUACAAACACACAUACAUACACACAUAGAUACAUACAUACAUAAAUACACAUACUUAUCCUUUAAAAAAUAUAUAUUCCCCUAUAUUACUUUCCAACCCCGCCACCCUUUCCCCACUUUGAAUAAACUAGUGAACAACAAUGCUUAGGCCUCUACUUCCAGCUUAUACUUACUAUCUACAUUUUAUGGACACAGUCAAUUUUACAAUAAUUAUAUUUUGUUUGUUUUUUCUCCUGAACUUCUUCUACUCUCAACCUCUCCGAUCAUUUUCAUGAUGUCCAUCCGGUUUGCUUCUAUAUGCCAUAUCUUUCUAACUGUGCUCUUUCACAAAAGCUCCCAACCUACAACCUAUAUACUUAUUAUGGACACAGUAUGCUUACAUUAUUAGUUAUCUUGUUAUUAUUUGUUGUUAGUUGUUAUUAGUCCCAUCCUUCAAUUCCAUUCAACACCUCCCAUCUAUCUCUUAACACCAUCCAUAUAGGAUUUAUAUUUGCCAUAUAUAUUUCAACUGUACUGUGUCUUACAAAAGUUCUGAACCUUUCUAUUCUCAUUGUUUCUACAGAUUGUGAAUUGAAAAUAAACAUUUUUGCUAAAAGUAUUAUUAUAUUAUUGAUCGAUUGACUAUGACUUUUCAGAUCACCCAGUAAUGCUUUCUGCAAGGUUAGCUCCAGGUAAAUAUUGCAAUCCUUUAGCCAUUCCUGGACCUGUGUCCAAAAACAAGCUACAAAUGGACAGUACCAAAACAAAUGAUCUAAUGAUUCUGUCUCUUCGCAGCAAAAUCUGCAGAGCUGGGAAGAUUGUAUCCCCCAUAUAAAUAACAUUAUAUUGGUAGCAAGAAUUUUAUAUAAUAAUUUAAAUUGAAAGAUUCUAAGUUUUGAAUCCGGUGUCGUUUUGCGUAUCAGUUCAUAAACACUAUGUCAUGGGAUCGGUACGUCAAAAAUCUCUUCCCAACUAUUUUGCAAUCUAUAUGGGACGGCUGUCAAUCCUUUGGUCCUUAAAUGAAACUGAUAUACUUUUUUAUUUAUCACAGUUUUCCUUAACCAAAUAUGUUCUUUAAUGCAAGGCCGACAGACAAGUUCCUUACUUUCUCCCCCUUCCACUUUCCUCUUGCAUUUUUGCGGUAAGGAUGCAAUUAUUUGGUUGUAAUUUUGGGUAGAGCAGACAUUUCCAUAUGUUUUUGUUAGCUGCAUGUGCGACAUAACUCCACCAGUCCUACCGAUGAUAUAAUUUACGAAGAUUAUACCUUUUUUAAACAUUCUGUCAAAAGGUUUUUGGUCAAUUAGUAUAUUUGAGUUUAACCACAAUAUUUGUUGCAUUAUUUGUUCUGUCGUUUCUGGAGGAUUAAAUUGAAAUUGCAACCAACUUUCUAUGGCUUGUUUUAGAAAUAGUGAUAUUUGGGAGAUGAUUUCCUUUUCAAAUAACUGAAAGUGAGUGGUUGUAAUCUGAAUAAAGGGGAAAAGGCCAUUCUUGAACAUUGGGUGAGACAAUCUUACUAAUUUGCUAGAGAACCAGUUCGGAUUUAAGUAUAACUUUUGUAUGUCUGAAGCUUUUAGUGAUAGGUCUAAUGCUUUAAUAUUUAAUAAUUUCUGUCCUCCAAAUUCAUAUUCAUUAUAUAAAUAGGCCUGUUUAAUUUUGUCUGGCUUCCCAUUCCAAAUAAAAUGGAAUCUUUUUUUCUCAUAUAAUUAAAAAAACUUUUUGCUAGGCUUAGGCAAGACCAUAAACAAAUAGGUAAACUGGGAUAAUACUAAAGAGUUAAUCAGGGUGAUUUUUCCACAAAUGGACAGGUAUUUACCUUUACAUGGUAGCAAGAUCUUAUCUAUUUUUGCUAACUUUUUAUUAAAAUGUAUUGAAGUGAGAUCAUUUAUUUCCUUUGGGAUAUGUAUUCCGAGUAUAUCCACAUCACCAUCAGACCAUUUUAUUGGUAAACUACAUAGUAAUGUAAAAAUUGUAUUUUUUUGUGAUCCAAUACGUAAUGUAUUUGUCAUAAUUUGGUUGUAAUCCAGAGAGGUUAGAAAAUGUAUCUAGAUCCUCUAUGAGGCUGUGGAGGGAUUCUAGUUGUGGAUUUAAAAGAAAACAUGAAUCAUCGGCGUACAAUGACAGCUUUGUUUUUAAGCCCUGGAUUUCUAAUCCCCUGAUAUUAUUGUUGGAUCUGAUUUUAAUAGCUAACAUCUCGAUGGCCACAAUAAAUAGAUAUGCCGAUAGUGGACAACCUUGUUUCACUCCUCUUGACAGUUUAACACUUUCUGAGAAAUAGCCAUAAUUUACUAUUUUACACCUAGGGUUACUAUACAUGAUUUUGACCCAUUUUAUAAGAGAUUCUCCAAAAUUGAAAUUCUCCAGGCAAAAUUAUCAAUGGAAAUCAAAUUUAUCAACCCAUGGAGGUCUGGAUUUGGAGUCACCCUCAAAAUUAAAGUGGAAAACCACACUACAGGCUGAUCCAACUUUGAUGUAAUGUCCUUAAAACAAGUCAAAAUGAGGCUCAGUAGUAUGUGUGGCCUCCACGUGCCUGUUUGACCUCCCUACAAUGCCUGGGCAUGCUCCUGAUGAGGUGGCGGAUGCUCUCCUGAGGGAUCUCCUCCCAGACCUGGACUAAAGCAUCUGCCAACUCCUGGACAGUCUGUGGUGCAACGUGGCGUUGGUGGAUGGAGCGAGACAUGAUGUCCCAGAUGUGCUCAAUUGGAUUCAGGUCUGGGGAACGGGCGGUCCAUAGCAUCAAUGCCUUCCUCUUGCAGGAACUGCUGACACACUCCAGUCACAUGAGGUCUAGCACUGUCUUGCAUUAGGAGGAACCCAGGGCCAACCGCACCAGCAUAUGGUCUCACAAGGGGUCUGAGGAUCUCAUCUCGGUACCUAAUGGCAGUCAGGCUACCUCUGGCAAGCACAUGGAGGGCUGUGCGGCCCCCCAAAGAAAUGCCACCCCACACCAUGACUGACCCACCGCCAAACCGGUCAUGUUGGAGGAUGUUGCAGGCAGCAGAACAUUCUCCACGGCGUCUCCAGACUCUGUCACGUCUGUCACAUGUGCUCAGUGUGAACCUGCUUUCAUCUGUGAAGAGCACAGGGUGCCAGUGGCGAAUUUGCCAAUCUUGGUGUUCUCUGGCAAAUGCCAAACGUCCUGCACAGUGUUGGGCUGUAAGCACAACCCCCACCUGUGGACGUCGGGCCCUCAUACCACCCUCAUGGAGUCUGUUUCUGACCGUUUGAGCAGACACAUGCACAUUUGUGGCCUGCUGGAGGUCAUUUUGCAGGGCUCUGGCAGUGCUCCUCCUGCUCCUCCUUGCACAAAGGCGGAGGUAGCGGUCCUGCUGCUGGGUUGUUGCCCUCCUACGGCCUCCUCCACGUCUCCUGAUGUACUGGCCUGUCUCCUGGUAGCGCUUCCAUGCUCUGGACACUACGCUGACAGACACAGCAAACCUUCUUGCCACAGCUCGCAUUGAUGUGCCAUCCUGGAUGAGCUGCACUACCUGAGCCACUUGUGUGGGUUGUAGACUCCGUCUCAUGCUACCACUAGAGUGAAAGCACCGCCAGCAUUCAAAAGUGACCAAAACAUCAGCCAGGAAGCAUAGGAACUGAGAAGUGGUCUGUGGUCACCACCUGCAGAACCACUUCUUUAUUGGGGGUGUCUUGCUAAUUGCCUAUAAUGUCCACCUGUUGUCUAUUCCAUUUGCACAACAGCAUGUGAAAUUUAUUGUCAAUCAGUGUUGCUUCCUAAGUGGACAGUUUGAUUUCACAGAAGUGUGAUUGACUUGGAGUUACAUUGUGUUGUUUAAGUGUUCCCUUUAUUUUUUUGAGCAGUGUAUAAACCCCAGUUGUACUUUAUCAAAUGCCUUUUCAAAGUCUGCUAUGAAUAGCAGGCCUGGUUUCCCAGAUUUUCCAUAGUGUUCUAUUGUUUCCAAUACUUGCCUUAUAUUAUCUCCAAUGUAUCGUCCAUGUAAAAAACCUGUCUGAUUAGAACGAACGAUGUCCGACAAUACCUUUUUAAUUCUAUGCGCUAUACAUUUUGCUAGAAUUUUUGCAUCACAACACUGAAGUGUAAGGGGCCUCCAAUUUUUUAAAUGGACUGGAUCUUUAUAUUUUCCACUUGUAUCCUGUUUCAGUAAUAAUGAGAUCAGACCUUCUUCUUGAUGUCAGAUAAUCUACCAUUUACAUAGGAGUGGUUAAAACAUGCUAAUAACGGUCCUCUUAGUAUAUCAAAAAAGGUUUGGUAUACCUCGACUGGUAUGCCAUCCAACCCUGGAGUUUUCCCGGACUUAAAGUAUUUAAUUGCACCCAGAAGUUCCUCCUCUGUAAUUUCACCUUCACAUUAGUCUUUCUGUAUGGCUGUUAAUUUUACAUUAUCAAUAGAAAAAAAAUCUCUACAAUUAGCUUCAGUUAGAGGAGAUGGAGGCGACUAAAAUGAAAACAUAUGCUUAAAGUACCUUGUUUCCUCCUUCAAAAUAUCAUUUGGUGAAUAAUGGGUGACUCCGUCAAUUGUAACCAGUUAUUUUUGGUAGCAUUCCUAUGUUGAAGAUUAAAAAAGAAUUUUGUGCAUUUUUCCCCAUAUUCCAUCCAGUUUGCUUUAUUUUUAUAAUAUAUUACACUUGAUCUUUCUUGAAUAAGUUUCUCCAUUUCUUUUUGUUUUUCCUCUAAUUUAUUCUGAGCCUCUAUGUUACCGUUUUUAUUGCCAUCUAUCUGUUCUGUUAGACUUUCUAUUUCCUUUGUUAGUAUAAACUCUUUUGACCUAAAUUGCUUUUGUUUUCGAGAUGAGUACUGAAUUGCAUGGCCUCUAAAGGCACAUUUAAAGGUUUCCAUACAAUAAGGGGAUUUGCUGUACCUAUGUUAUGUUGGAAAAAGUCAAUUAUAAAUUCCUCUGUCCUAGUUAAAAAUAAAUUAUCAUCCAAUAGGCUUUGAUACAAUUUCCAAUAUCCUCUCCCACGUGGAAAUUCAGUAAGAGUAAUGUAUAUGCCAAUUAUAUGAUGGUCCGACCGCAUUCUGUCCCCUAUCAACAUUUUUUAAACUUUUGGUGCCAUCGAGAAUGAGUUAAGAAAGAAGUCAAGACGACUAGCUUGAUUGAGUCUCUGCCAUGUAUAUCUCACUAAAUCAGGAUAUUUAAGCCUCCAUAUAGCUACUAGUUCUAAUGUAUCCAUGACAUUCACGAUUUCCUUAAGAGCAUGUGGGUGAUUGUUUGUGGUGUGAUUUCCUUUACGGUCCAUUGAGCUAUUUAAAACAGUAUUAUAAUCCCCCACCAUAAUAAUAUUGUCUUGAAUUGCUUGCAGGGUUGAUAAUUUAUUAUAUAUAUUGUCAAAGAAGUGUGAAUCAUCAUUAUUUGGUCCGUAAAGGUUAAUGAGCUGUAUCUGUUUAUGGUCCAAUAACAUAUUUAAAAUAAUCCAUCUACCUUGCGUAUCUAUUUGGACAAUUUGCACAUUCGGAUCGAAAUUACUAUUAAUUAAUAUCAUCACCCCUUUUGAAUUUCUUUGCCCAUGGGAGUAGUAUAUUUGCCCCCCCCAUUUCUUUGUCCACGCAACUUCAUCUAGAAUUGUUGAAUGAGUUUCCUGUAAACAAUAGAUAUUAUAUUCCUUCUCUUUGAGCCAUGUAAAUAUUGUUCUUCUUUUGUUAUUAUCAGCUAAGCCAUUACAAUUAUAACUGGCUAUACUUAUUUCACCAUACACCAUAAUGAGGUAAAAGUUUCAAGUCUAUUUAUCAUUAUAUAUGUUUGUAAAUGUACCAAUAAAAAAUACCGUAAUGAUUGAGUGUCCAUAUAGCUGUACCAUGAUAUUUGCAUUGCUACUAAGUAACCCUUCAAUUGUUCUCCACUAAUUCCCCCGCUAAAGCCCCUCCCCAUCCCAAGUUGAGCCGUCAUCCCAGUGAUCGGCAACCCACCCACGUCUGCUAAAUUACUUAAAUGUUAAAAUGUUAGAACGCGUUUCCGCUGCUCCAGAGUCCAAUAGUGGCGAGCUUUACACCACUCCAGCCGACACUUGGCAUUGUGCAUGGUGAUCUUAGGCUUGUGUGCUGGUGCUCAGCCAUGGAAACCCAUUUCAUGAAGCUCCCAACGAACAGUUCUUGUGCUGACAUUACUUCCAGAGGCAGUUUGGAACUCAGAUGAUUUUACGCGCUACGCGCUUCAGCACUCGGCGGUCCCAUUCUGUGAGCUUGUGUGGCCUACCACUUCGCGGCUGAGCCGUUGUUGCUCCUAGACAUUUCCACUUCACAAUAACAACACUUACAGUUGACCGGGGCAGCUCUAGCAGGGCAGAAAUUUUACGAACUGACUUGUUGGAAAGGUGGCAUCCUAUGACGGCGCCAUGUUGAAAGUCACUGAGGCCAUUGUACUGCCAAUGUUUGUCUAUGGAGAUUGCAUGGCUGUGUGCUCAGUUUUAUACAGCUGUCAGCAACAGGUGUGGCUGAAACAGCCGAAUCCACUAAUUUGAAGGGGUGACCACAUAGUUUUGUAUAUAUAGUGUAUCUGAUUGAAUUGGCCUUGCUCACUGUUCUACAUUUUCUAAUUUAGACAGCCUAAUAUAAGGAGCAGAUGUUAACACUUAAUUACAAACCAAUGAAACAAAUAUUACACUGAGACGUAAAUGUAUUUUAGCAGGCCGUUAAUAGACAUUUGCAAGUAGCAAGCCAUAUUUUUGUGUCAAAUAAUGGAAUGUGUCACCCUUGUUUUCAGGAAAACCGGUGAUGAUUGUGAUUGAAUAUAUGGAAAAUGGCUCAUUAGAUGCUUUCCUCAGGGUGAGUACCUUUCAAUGCAUUCAAAUGGCAACUCCCUAACCAGUUAUACAUGUAUAAUACAGUAUGUUCGCAUUAAGAGUUCCUUAUUCUAUAAAUAAUAGCACUGCAAUCUUGCUUAGCUGACUGUUUUCCUCUGUUGUGUACAGAAACACGAUGGUCAGUUCACAGUGAUCCAGUUAGUGGGGAUGCUGCGGGGCAUAGCAGCAGGGAUGAGAUAUCUCUCCGACAUGGGGUAUGUCCAUCGAGAUCUGGCUGCACGAAACGUACUUGUCAACAGCAAUCUCGUAUGUAAAGUGUCUGACUUCGGCUUGUCAAGAGUGAUCGAUGACGAUCCCGAGGCUGUCUACACAACAACGGUGAGUCAAUUAAACCAGACCCGUAUUGCUUUCCCUGCCUAGACUCCCUGAGCUCUCUCUGAAUACCCAAAUCAAGCCAACAGCCAAUGCAUGGGAAUGGAGUAGAAAAUACGCAUGCAUACCCAUGCAUGUCUGGGCCUAGUUAUUCAAUAUGCAAAGCCUGCAGUCUCUUUGGUAAAGUUUUAGCUUUAAAUGUUUGGAAGUUUUGCUGAUCCUGUGUGCAAAGUUGUAACUCUAUUCUAAUUGAUGUUUUAGGGGAAGAUGCAGGAUAUAAUGAAUUUGAUCUUUACUCCAGCCACUGACCUGCAUUUUACUGAACAGGGCGGAAAAAUACCUGUUCGAUGGACAGCAAUGGAAGCCAUCCAGUACCGUAAAUUCACUUCCGCUAGUGAUGUGUGGAGUUAUGGCAUUGUCAUGUGGGAGGUCAUGUCCUAUGGGGAACGGCCUUACUGGGACAUGUCCAAUCAAGAUGUGAGUUGUUCUCUUACAUGAAGUCAAUCAUUCACCAAAUACAUGUCAGGUUUUGCAUGUUGCUCAGAGACUGGCUAUCAUAUUACCCAGGGGUUAACAGAGUUAGCAGAAUUCUUAGGACUGAUUUAAAUGUGGGCCACAAUUACUAUUCAGAGUUGAAUGAGGAGGAUUGUUAGGUAUUAAUUAAUUAUGUUUUUAUAUGAUAAUAUAAAGAAAGAGACUAGAUACUUGGCAUACAAAAUACUUUUUUGACUUCAAAACGGCUUUUAACCUUUAUAAUGAGUUAUGAUAAUGUAACCUUAUUUGUCAGAGUUCAAUAAUGCCAGAGCUAUCUACUUAGUCAUAUAGAACUUUCAGUUUUAGCUGCAGUCGUUGCUUUGUUUCAGCUAAAUUGGAACAGAUGAACAUUGCAAAUCUGUUCAUCAUGCUGAUCGUAAAAGUGGCUAUAGAGGAGUUUGGCCGCCGAUUUGAACAUCAGUAACUAUGAUACUUUAGUAGUAAAAUGGUUUAAUUUGCCACUGUUUGCAAGUACUUGUCUGAAAGAUGCUCCAGUGGUAGUUUUCUCCCGUGGCGAAGUUAAAGAUGAUAUAAUCCAGUAGGACAAACAGUCUUCUCCUCAGCAGAAAGACUAAAUAGGAUUAUAUUACUCUCAGCACUUCCUAAUGGGAAGCCUGCUGAUUGAACAAUCAGCUGUUAGAAAUGCUAAACAUGAUUGGCUAUUGAAGUAGCGUGGAUGACGUUCGGCUGCUUGACAGGCAUCAAUGUCAGAGAUUACAGUUCCUCUGUCAAGAUGUUGGCAAACAGCUCCUUUGAAACUUUUUAUUUUGUAGCUCAGUCUUGUUUGAAUAGCCCUGACAGGAAUAACAGAUGAAUAUGUGCAGAAAAUAAACAAACUCACAUUCCCCGAAUAGCGGAAGAGACGGUUGCAUCUCAAAUCUAAGGUGCCCAUUGCCCCUAAUGUUUAAUGUUCUCACGCCAUUGACUUUCAAUGGACUUUGUUUUAAACUAUUGACACAGUGAGAAUAGAUGUAGCUUUAAGGAUAUGCAGCUGCGUUUAUUUUCAUUAUUCAUUAGACCUGUGUAAAUGCAGUCUAUUGAUGAGACAUAAAGUAUAAACAAUAUGAAGGAUGCAUCUAAGGGAAAACAGAGCCACUGUUUGCUUAAUUAAUUUCAAUCAGGUCUAUUUGUACAGUAUGACAGGCAUGGGCAGGUGUUCUAGAGACCCAUCUCUGUGCCAUAGAGGGACACUAGGUGCUCCUCUCAAUAUCUUCUAAUUUGGGUCCUGCUACUCUGGGUCCUUGGGUCUCACCAUCAUCUUAACAAGCUGAGACUGAGUGAUCACAUCUGGUUUGGCCUGUUUUUCCUCAAAGCACCACUUCUGUAAAUAGGGAACCACACAAGACUUGUACUGACACUUCCUGUUUACAAACAUCUUGAUUAGAGGAUGAAAUGGAAAUGAACUCUAGUAAAUGGUGACUGUUAAUGUGGUGGUAAUGGUGGUGGUAAUAUCCCUUAAAGACUUGCCUGUGUUUUGGUUUUCCCAGGUGAUAAAGGCUAUAGAAGAGGGGUACCGCCUCCCUGCUCCCAUGGACUGCCCUCCAGGCCUGCACCAGCUAAUGCUGGACUGCUGGCAGAAAGACAGGGCCGAUCGACCCAAAUUUGAUCAAAUAGUUGGCAUCCUUGAUAAGAUGAUUCGCAAUCCCAAUACCUUGAAAACCCCAGUGGGAACCUGCACGAGGUAAGGAAAGCUUGUCUCAUUAAACCCUAUAACUAAGCACUACAAAGCUCCAAUGGAAUAAAUUAUUAGCUUCAGUUAUUACAUUUCACCAUGUUAGCUGUAAGACUAUGGAAGUACAGUGAGGGAAAAAAGUAUUUGAUCUCCUGCUGAUUUUGUACGUUUGCCCACUGACAAAGACAUGAUCAGUUUAUUAUUUUAAUGGUAGGUUUAUUUGAAAAAUCCUAAAAAAAAACACAUGUCAAAAAUGUUAUGAAUUGAUUUGCAUUUUAAUGAGGGAAAUAAGUAUUUGACCCCUCUGCAAAACAUGACUUAGUACUUGGUGGCAAAACCCUUGUUGGCAAUCACGGAGGUCAGACGUUUCUUGUAGCUGGCCACCAGGUUCGCACACAUCUCAGGAGGGAUUCUGUCCCACUCCUCUUUGCAGAUCUUCUCCAAGUCAUUAAGGUUUAGAGGCUGACGUUUGGCAACUCAAACCUUCAGCUCCCUCCACAGAUUCUCUAUGGGAUUAAGGUCUGGAGACUGGCUAGGCCACUCCAGGACCUUAAUGUGCUUCUUCUUGAGCCACUCCUUUGUUGCCUUGGCCGUUUGUUUUGGGUCAUUGUCAUGCUGGAAUACCCAUCCACGACCCAUUUUCAAUGCCCUGGCUGAGGGAAGUUCUCACCCAAGAUUUCACGGUACAUGGCCCCGUCCAUCGUCCCUUUGAUGCGGUGAAGUUGUCCUGUCCCCUUAGCAGAAAAACACCCCCAAAGCAUAAUGUUUCCACCUCCAUGUGGGGAUGGUGUUCUUGGGGUCAUAGGCAGCAUUCCUCCUCCUCCAAACAAGGCGAUUUGAGUUGAUGCCAAAGAGCUCGAUUUUGGUCUCAUCUGACCACAACACUUCCACCUAGGUCUCCUCUGAAUCAUUCAGAUGUUCAUUGGCAAACUUCAGACGGGCCUGUAUAUGUGCUUUCUUGAGCAGGGGGACCUUGCGGGCGCUGCAGGAUUUCAGUCCUUCACGGCGUAGUGUGUUACCAAUUGUUAUCUUGGUGACUAUAGUCCCAGCUGCCUUGAGAUCAUUGACAAGAUCCUCCCGUGUAGUUCUGGGCUGAUUCCUCACCGUUCUCAUGAUCAUUGCAACUCCACGAGGUAAAAUCUUGCAUGGAGCCCCAGGCUUAGGGAGAUUUACAGUUAUUUUGUGUUUCUUCCAUUUGCGAAUAAUCGCACCAACUGUUGUCACCUUCUCACCAAGCUGCUUGGCGAUGGUCUUGUAGCCCAUUCCAGCCUUGUGUAGGUACUGUACUCCUGAGUGGCGCAGUGGUCUAAGGCACUGCACCGCAGUGCUAACUGUGCCACUAGAGAUCCUGGUUCGAAUCCAGGCUCUGUCGCCGCCGACCGGGAGACUCAUGGGCGGCGCACAAUUCGUCCAGGGUAGGGGAGGGAAUGGCCGGCAGGGAUGUAGCUCAGUUGAUAGAGCAUGGCGUUUGCAACGCCAGGGUUGUGGGUUUGAUUCCCACGGGGGGCCAGUAUAAAAAAAAUAUGUAUACACUAACUGUAAGUCGCUCUGGAUAAGAGCGUCUGCUAAAUGACUAAAAUGUAAAUGUCUACAACCUUGUCCCUGACGUCCUUGGAGAGCUCUUUGGUCUUGGCCAUGGUGGAGAGUUUGGAAUCUGAUUGAUUGAUUGCUUCUGUGGACAGGUGUCUUUCAUACAGGUAACAAGCUGAGAUUAGGAGCACUCCCUUUAAGAGUGUGCUCCUAAUCUCAGCUCGUUACCUGUAUAAAAGACACCUGGGAGCCAGAAAUCUUUCUGAUUGAGAGGGGGUCAAACACUUAUUUCCCUCAUUAAAAUGCAAAUCAAUUUAUAACAUUUUUGACACGCUUUUUCUGGAUUUUUUUGUUGUUAUUCUGUCUCUCACUGUUCAAAUAAACCUACCAUUCAAAUUAUAGACUGAUCAUUUAUUUGUCAGUGGGCAAAUGUACAAAAUCAGCAGGGGAUCAAAUACUUUUUUCCCUCACUGUAUGUUUUAUUUAUUUUUAUUUCACCUUUAUUUAACCAGUUGAGAUGUAUUGCUUCUUCAUAUGUUUUUCCAAUGGAGCUACAUUAGUGGACAAUCCAAAGCAUCCAGCGGUUGAUUUAUCCACAGGAGUUCACAGAUGAAAGAUAAAUCCCGGAGAAUCAAUAAGCCAAAGCAGCUUCCAUGGCUUUAUGGUCAAUAGCAGGGCUUUUAAAUCAAUCCCUGUAAUGAGUUCCUGGGGUUUUUAAGUGCUGUGGGAACUCUGGACCCCUCUGGGACAUUUGUCAAAUUAAUUCUAUUUACAGUCAGAACACAAUCUCCCUGGGUGAGAUUGAGAAUGUAACCCAAAAAAAAAACUGUUAAAAAGUGCUUCCGUUUUUGGAGGCCAUUUGUGGGGGUUUGAAGCGAAAAUUGCCUUCCAUCUGAUGUUGAGGGUUUUUGAUAGUUACUUAGCACACAUAUUUGCCUGAAAAAGAGGAUCAGAUAGCGUAGUCACUUUUGAAUUUGACAUCGAUUGAAAUGUUCUAAAUGUGUUAAUUUCUUUUUCACAUGCAAUUUACUGUUACCCUGGGAUGUCUUUGGCUGUCUUUGUGUUUUGCUCCCGGCUCAAUUUGUGUUUGUUGUGGGAAUGUUUCCGUUUUCGCAUGAGACGUUAAUGUCUUCCUCUUGCUCAUCCAACAGACCGAUUAGUCCCCUGUUAGAUCAGAGCACACCAGACUUCACUACUUUCCGCUCGGUUGGGGAGUGGUUGGAGGCCAUCAAGAUGGAGAGAUACAGAGACAACUUCACCGCCGCUGGCUACAGCUCACUGGACUCUGUGGCCAGGAUGUCAAUCGAGUAAGGAACCUGAACUUUAAAACACUUGUAGAGGUCAAAGCCAACAUAGCCAGUUCUGGAGAGUUGUCAUAUAAUUAUUGUCUCAUACAAUAUCCUUGGACAUGGCAGUACUGCAUUUUUAUUUUAUCAUUGUGAUUCAUAAACAAGCCUGUCAUGUUUCCAGAUUCCCCUCUCCUCUAUUUUCCAUUAAUGAAAUACCUGGUGCUGCUAUAAAUCAUGAGAUGAUUUGAGCCUCUCUGUUGUACACUGCUGUGAUUUAUGAUUGGCCGUCUUGUCUUGCAGGGAUGUGAUGAGCUUGGGGAUAACUUUAGUUGGCCAUCAGAAGAAGAUCAUGAGCAGCAUACAGACUAUGAGAGCCCAGAUGCUGCAUCUCCAUGGCACGGGCAUCCAGGUGUGAUCACGGACUACAGUGCCCCCUGUGGACGGGCUAUCUAGAGCAGCGCUAAGGCAAAACCUCCCAGGAUAAUCAAUGAAAAUCAUGUGACGUGACGUCGUCACCUAUUUGACAAUUUUUUCCGGAUGUUUUGGAAUAAAAUAAUUCCUUUGAUCCUUGCCGAAGGAUUUAACCCCUCUUUAGAACGUGGACUAAGGAGAGAAUGAGAGAAUACUACCUGAACAUGGAUGCCGAACUUAAAACGCUCUGAGGAACUCUCAACCACAUAUCAAAUAGAGAUGGAGCUUUGGAUUUUGAUACGUAUUACCUUGUUCUUUUAUCCUUGUGAAUGAUUUUAUUUGUGCACCAUGAAAAUGGAUUUCACUUAAAAAAAGGAAAAAGAAAAAAAAAUUCAAACAAUUUGCGGUGGUUUUUCAGUAUUUUCUUUUCUAGUUUGUUCAUUUUAUUAGUGCCACAGUGAUAUGGUGUGGUGCGUACAGUAAUCUUUCAUUUUUAUUUUCCAGUUUUUCUAUUUUGGACUUGACAACAGGGUAAACUUUCCCAUCCAAAAGGAUGAAAAUGGUGUCUGAACAUUUUGGUGGAAAUGAUUUAGAGGUACUUUGACCAGUUUGUCUUGAGACACUACUGGCUGUUUUAACUGUUUGCAGUGAGUUGUGUUUUUUCUUCCUGAUGUUUUUGAAGUGAAAAAUGGUAUCCUGCACCUCAGAUAAGUGACUUCAGAGAUAGUAGUAUUCUCUUGGUCGUUUGAUGCUUACAGGAGUGCUUUGCUGUAUGCAUUUUUCUGAACACAGAUGCUCACAUUUUAUGAUGAAAAAUCACAUUUCAAAUUUGUAUGUAGGAAUUUUGAAACAGUAUGAUACCAUCCAUUCAAAUCGAUUUAAGAUUGAUCACAACUUUUAUAUCUAAUAUCAAGCAUCAAAGUGGCAAUAUUCUUUACAUGUUCAUGUUUACCACAUUAAUCAUUUGAUCUUAUUGUCCAAUUUGCUUUCAAUCUGAACUCUGUUUUUCAUUGUUUAAUUGUUUAAUUGAAAGUUUCCAGAUAGCUCUAUAGAAAGAUUGUAUUGAAACUUAAUGAGAUGACUCGAUCCACCGGAAAUAGUGUUGCCAUUGAAAUACCCCCCCCCCAAAAAAUGUUGCAGCAAACAGUAUUUGUUUAGUAUUUCGGUGAAUACAGUGGUUAAGGGUGAAUCUAUGAAAUGUUGUGUACGUUCUUUCUAGAAGUAAUAAUGCCUUAAAAUGUGUUAGACUAAUGUAUUGCAAUUAUUUUUAGGCACUUCAAUGGCAAUGUUUUUUGCGGUUCAAUGAGACAUGUCUUGUGUAGGUUUGAAUGGAAAGGUUCCCCAUUUUCUUUGUGGUAUCCUUUCAUGCAGGAUAACGUUUAUUGUCACGAAUCUUGCCCUGGAUGCAGAACUGGGCAGUUUCUGCUACAUGGUCCAGCUGCAAAGUCCAAAUUGGCUAUAUCAUAAAGAUUCAUGAAAACAAACAUUAGCUUUUUGGUCUUAAUUUAAGGUUAGGGUUAGCAGUGUGGUUAAGGUUAGGGUUAAGGUUAGAGUUAGGUUUAAAAUCAGAUUUUAUUACUUUGUGGCUGUGCCAGCUAGUGACCACCCUGCAGAGCUGCCUCCAGAACAAGAUUCAUGAAAGUAAAUGCCAACCUGCUCCUUUCACCCUGAACUUGAAUAGAUGAAAUCAUGCACACUUAUGUAUGUUGAGUGCCACGAUUGAUGAUUGACACAGUCAGUGUAGAAUAGAAGAUUCACCAAACAGAGCAAUAAUUAGCCCAGGUAGAAAUGGUCCUCCUCUGAGAUUUGAAGGUGCUAGGUUUUACAGAAAUGUCUGUUGUGCUGGGAAAACGCUUUGGAAAUAUUCUGCCACAAAUGGGAAAAAGGAAUAUGCAGUGACCUUUUUCCAGCUGAACAUGACCUGGAGUAUAGGGCUAGGAGGAUAGAUUGGUAAAGUAUACCGGUAUACUAAGUUAUCAAAUAAUGAAAUAGUAAUGCCACUUACGAAAUGGUAUACCGGAAUAUGCUAAUGACUUAAUAACGAGGUCACAGUGUAUGAAUAUAUUUGGAAUAUAUGGCUGUAACAGUGGGGUGAAAUGACAUUCAAGCAGCGGAGAGGCACACGCAUUAGUCAUGACAUCAUCCUUUCCCUUUGCACCACACUAAAUUUGAAGGCCUUCAGUUUGGUACGAGGUACUUACAGUACCUAAUAACCCAAUAUCAUGAUAUAUAGAAAAUCCUGAUACUCCUUAUUACGAUGAUCAAACUGUGAAAAUCACUUACCGUCCCAGCCCUAGCCAGUCAGGAGAGCCAGGCAAA